AUGGUAGCCUCGUUCUCCCCGCCAAGCUGGGAGGAGGUCCGGGUGCAACUACUUCAAUCGCGCGGAUACUUGGGAGCAAUUGUGCAUAGAGUCCAGGCAAUUGAAGGGAUUGACUACAGCGGGGAGGAGGCGCCCCAUUUGUUGCAUGCGAGUAUUUCCUCCGUGUUUAGUGGUGACAAGACUCCGAGCCAUUAUAUGGAACCCGAAAUGGGACUAUUUGUGGGGAUCGCAGGUCACGUGCGACGUACCCCAGGGUAG